AUGCGUGAUUUGGCUUCACGGGAUGUCUUCUACGCACCGAAAAACAACUUCAUAGAGACUUUGGUCUUCAGAGCAAGCAAUUAUGGAAGAUUCCAGAGCAUGCAAGGAUUUGACACUGAGGAAGAAUUGCUGAUGUUCAAUAUGACAAAAGGGACUAUUGGCUUGAUCUUUGAGGGAGAUGCUGCCACAAUUGUGAACGGCCAGGAGCUCAUGAUGCUGAUGGGCAUGGAAAAGUGGACUUUCUGGGUUGGUUGGUUCAUCGACGCUCUGCUCGUCAAAGCCUUGACCAUCGGCUUCAUCGUUUUUAUUCUCAAAACCCCAAUUGAAGAACAAGCCAAUUUGAUCGAGACGAGUCCUUCUCUUUUGUUUGUCAUGUUUAUCAUGUAUGGUGCCAGCGCUAUUGUCUUCCUCUUUGCCCUCAGCACAUUCUUCUCCGGCCCCGUCUUCGCAACGAUUGUCAGUCUGUUUGCCUGGCUGUCACCCUUGGCCAUUCCUUCUGAAAGAUGGAGAAACACUGGAUUCUUCACCAAAUGUCUCUAUAUGCUGUUUCCUAAUAUGGGCCUGUACUUUAGCUUCGAUUCGGUUUAUAAACUCGAGGAAAAAGGCGUUGGUGCCCAGUGGAGCAACUUUUACACGCCUCUAUCGCCACACGACGCAUCUAUAUUACAAGUGUUUAUCAUGUAUCUCAUUGACAUCGUCCUCUACUCCAUCAUCACUUGGUACGUCAGUGAAGUGAAUCCUGGCGAGUACGGCUACAAGCAGCCAUACCUGUUUUUUGCCACCAAGCAAUACUGGCUUGGAGAAACAAAUAAAAUUGAGUUCAUUGAAGACCCUGACACACUGAGUCAAGAGAACUACGAACGGCCCCUGACUAAUAACAUGGCGGAUGACAGGAUUGGAAUCUCCAUCAGGAACCUCAAAAAAACGUAUCCUGGCAAACUGGGCGGUCCGGCUGUCAAGGCAGUGCGUGGCGUCUCGCUGGACAUCUACAAAGGCGAAAUCACAGCCUUUCUCGGUCACAACGGCGCUGGAAAAACGACCACGAUGUCCAUACUGACUGGAAUGAUUUCUCCUUCUGAUGGCUUGGUGCAGGUUUUGGGACUCGAACUGAAAAACAACAUUUCGCUUUUGAGAAAGUCCGUAGGGCUGUGUCCGCAGCACAACUUGCUCUUUGGAGAACUCACAGUUAAACAACACCUCGUCUUCUUCGCCGUGUUGAAAGGAAAAUCGAUGAAGGACGCAGUGAAAGAAGCAAAAGAACUUUUGCGCACUCUUCGUUUGGAAUGUAAGAUGGACGCGUUGGUGUCCGAACUGUCUGGAGGCAUGAAGAGGAAACUGCAGUUGGCUAUAGCCCUCGUCGGAGGAUCAAAGGUUGUGAUGUUGGACGAGCCCACUUCAGGCCUUGCUCCUGAAGCAAGGCGAGAGAUCUGGGACCUCCUGCUGCGUUUCAGAGAAAACAAAACCAUCCUGUUGAGCACGCAUUUCAUGGAGGAAGCAGACGUGUUGGGUGACACAAUAGUAAUUAUGUCGCGUGGAAGGAUAGAAUGUUGCGGCUCGACCAUGUGUACUGGAUAUCGCCUGAGCCUGUUGACGACGAAUAACUGCGACGAAAGCUCCCUGCAGAACGCUGUCAAACAAGUUCUUCCGGAAGCAAUAGUUGAAAACUCUACGCAAGAUACAACAAACUCGGCGAAAACCGGUCCUAUCACAUUCAUCCUGCCAACAGAAAAGGUGGACCAAUUCUCUAAGCUAUUCGACGUCCUUGAAACUUCAAAGGAUGAUCUCGGAAUUUCCAGUAUUGGAGUGUCUGUCACUUCCAUGGAAGAAGUGUUUUUAAAGGUUGGAGAAUUGUCAGCAAGAAAAUAUGGCAGCGAAAGUUUGAAAGAUUUUGACAUAACGGACAGAGGGAUGGACACCCUGAAAAUUACCCAGACGAUGAGAUUAACCGGUAUUUACCUCUUUUUCGAGCAAUUCCGAGCUCUCCUAGUGAAAAAAGUAAUCUUCUGCAAAAAGAACUGGUUCAACCUUCUCCUUCAGGUUAUCCUACCUAUUUUACUAACUCUGAGUUCGGUUUUGUUGUCUUAUCCUGGCGAGGCAGCAGUUGUCGUGGACUCCAACUCUACGUUGCCGUUAAAGCUGAGAGAGUACAGCUCAGGUGGCACUUUGCAGGUGCUGUACGAAAGGGAUACUUCUAAACAGGCAGAACUAUUCGCUAAAAUCUUUGAAGAGAACUUGCGAGGUGAAGCCAAUGCAACUAAAGAAAGGGUGCUCAAAUCAAGGCAGCUACAGAUGAUGACCGGCUGUCCUGUUUAUCUGAUUUGGCUGAGCUAUUUGGUCAUUGACGUGUUGAUCACCUCGGUUGUGGUCAUUCUCGUCCUUUUUCUGAUUUACCUGGUUGACACGAUGCACAUUUUUUCCACCGGAACUGCAUUUGGUACUUGGUUUGUUCAAGUUUUGCUCCCAAACUAA